AUGAAGAAAGCGGAUAAGGAAUAUGUGGCUAGUGAGUUAAAUAAGAAGGCAAAUUUGGUUUAUGUUGAUGAAAAAGAUAAUGAAAUUAAAGAAAGGGUUGAAUGGUAUCAUGAAUGGACAUCGAAGAUUUUUAAAACUAAAGCUGAUACAGGAUGGGUUUCAGGAUGUUUAGACCUUAAAGCAGAUAAAACUUAUGUUAACGAUGAGUUAGAGAAGAAAGCGGAUAAGGAAUAUGUGGCUAGUGAGUUAAAUAAGAAGGCAAAUUUGGUUUAUGUUGAUGAAAAAGAUAAUGAAAUUAAAGAAAGGGUUGAAUGGUAUCAUGAAUGGACAUCGAAGAUUUUUAAAACUAAAGCUGAUACAGGAUGGGUUUCAGGAUGUUUAGACCUUAAAGCAGAUAAAACUUAUGUUAACGAUGAGUUAGAGAAGAAAGCGGAUAAGGAAUAUGUUAACGAAAUAUACCAAAGUUUGAUAGGAACAACAAAAAAUAUUGAAACUAUUGUUGGUGACUUUUCUGUCAAUGAAGAAAAUAAAUAUUUUAGAUGGCAAUUUGUACAGUCCUUAAAAAAUGGUACACGGUGUAAACUCAUUCCGAAAAAUAACAAUGAAAUGUAUGUAAGUUAUAAAAAGAAUAAUGGCACACAAGUUAAAGUUCCAUUAGACAACAACUGUUACUUAAACUUAUAUGGAGACGAGCAAAAGAAAUAUUUAAGAGUUUAUGAAAUGACAGAUAUGACAUUGUCUAACCUAGCUCCAGCACCAUAUUAUUAUGACUAUGGAGAUGAUGUCAGAACACCACAUGUAGAUGAACAAAAGUUAACAUUAUAUUUAGAUUAUUAUAGAUAUAAAAGAUAUAAUGCAAUAGAAAAAACGAGAAUAGUAUAUUAUUAUACAGAUGACAGAAAUAAAUAUUAUAGUCAAGAUUUUACCUACCCCGAAAACAUAAGAUUAUAUUAUAAAAAAUAUUCUGACACAAACCAAAAGAAACCUGAAAUAGUUGCACUAUAUUUUAAGUUCAAAAGAGACAAUCCUAUAAUAUCUCAUAUGUUUGAUUUAAUGAACCCAGUAG